CUCCAUAUCAACAUCACUCCAGAGCUUCAUUUAAAUGGCACCAGAAAUGGCUGCAUCACGAUCAAAAGCCAAGCCCUUGAUGGACACAAUAUCCGAAGCCCACCGGAUGUCCUACCGCAUCGGCCGCGGCGAACAAGGUGUCCUCACAUUCGAACCUUACAAGUCCGCCAUUCUCCCCCUCUGGCGCUUCCGCACAGUCCCCAUCGCGCGACAAAGCGCUAAAGACCUGUGGGCCAAGUUCAACGAGUUCAAAGACCAGUGCGAUUUUGUGGGGAUGGACAUGACGCGUAAAUUCAUCCAGAUGGGUAUGACGCGUGCAAAACGAUAUGCGAAUCAUGCUGGUGGGCGGAAGUAUAAGAAGGGCACGAGGGAGGAAUUACCAAAGAGUGAUGAGCAUCCGGAUAAGGAUGAGAAGGAGAGGGCGAGUUUGAUCUUUAGGGGGUAUUGGGAGAAGUGUAAGGAGGAUGAGGAGUAUCAGAACCUCAAGGAGGAGUUUUUGAAGAAGCAGAAGGAUUGGAAGGACUUUUGAUAAAUCCUCAGUAAUGGUACUAUUUCUUGGUAAACCGUCCGGAAACGGUCUGUCAAUAUUCAGCGGACUCUCUCUUCGGUGCCUCCUUUAGGGUCCUAACAAUCGAUGCCUUUCAUUUGAC